AUGGUCAGGACAGGGGCGCGGAGGAGGAGGAGGAGGAGGAGGAGGCGCCGCGUGCCCUGGCGCCGGGCGGCCGCUGCCGUGGCGCACACCUGUCUCUUCGAGUAGGUUACCAUCCGCGACGCAGGCGUUGGUAAAUCAUGUUUAUUGCUACAGUUUACAGACAAGGGGUUUCAGCCAGUGCGUGACCUUACUAUUGGUGUAGGGUUCGGUGCUCGAAUGAAAACUAUUGAUGGGAAACAGAUAAAACUUCAGAUUUGGGAUACAGCAGGUCAGGAGUCCUUUCGUGCCAUCACAAGGUCGUAUUACAGAGGUGCAGCAGGGGCUUUACUAGUGUAUGAUAUUACAAGGAGAGACACAUUCAACCACUUGACAACCUGGUUAGAAUAUGCCCGCCAGCAUUCCAAUUCCAGCAUGGUCAUUAUGCUCAUUGGAAAGAAAAGUGAUUUAGAAUUUAGAAGAGAAGGAAAAAAAGAAGAAGGUGAAGCUUUUGCACGAAAACAUGGACUUAUCCUCAUGGAAACUUCUGCUAAGACUGCUUCUAAUGUAGAAGAGGCAUUUAUUAAUACAGCAAAAGAAAUUUAUGGAAAAAUCCAAGAAGGAGUCUUUGACAUUAAUAAUGAGGCAAAUGGCAUUAAAAUUGGCCCUCAGCCUGCUGCUACUAACGCGAGGCACGCAGGCAGUCAGGGAGGACGGCAGGCCGGGGGAGGCUGCGGCUGGGUGUGUUUUUACUGUCUCGCUGCCCAGAAGGGGCUGCUCACCUCUUCUUUCACCCUCUCCUCCUGCUCAGCUGAGACGUGA